UCCUGUAGCGUUCAAGGAACCCCCACCGACUCCUCCCACCGCCAACGUGUGCAACCUUCCCCUGUUCCGGGGCAGACCGUGUGCGAACGCCUCCCCGCGGCUGAGGUGGUACUACAACUCCCAGAAACGCACCUGCCUGACCUACAUGCAUGAGGGCUGCGAGCGGAACGCCAAUUCCUUCGGCACCCGGGAAGAGUGCUUGGAGAAUGUUAACGCCAAGAGAUGUGUUGUGAAGCGAACAUACAGCCAGCGGAUACCGGACCUACCACAGACCACCGCAGCACCCUCCAAGGAUCCCGAGGUCGUCUGCAACCAGCUGAAGGACCGAGGUCCGUGCCGAGGGCGGCAGAAGAAGUACUACUACCUGUCCACACAGCGCAGGUGCGUGCGCUUCACGUACGGAGGCUGCGGCGGCAACGACAACAGGUUCCACACCUAUAUGGAGUGUAUGGACUUCUGCAACGACCCCCGGACGAAGUGUCAGCAGCAGCGCGCUAAGGCCGCCAACGCCGGGCUGCAGGUCGGCAUGUUCAUCCCGGAGUGCCGACCGGACGGCGCGUUUGAGGAGGUGCAGUGUCACGGCAGCACCGGGCACUGCUGGUGCGUGGACAAGGACGGGGAGGAGCUGCCGGGCACACGGGUGGACAGGGGAUUCACUCCCACAUGUUCAGCGGAGAAGGGCAAGUGUCACGUCGACCGAGGACUGGCGAUCGACGCCCGGCUCGGCCCCGGGGCGUACGUGCCUCAGUGCCGGGAGGACGGUACGUACGACCCGCUGCAGUGCCACGGCAGCACCGGCGAGUGUUGGUGCGUCUCCGAACACGGCGACGAGAUCUCAGGCAGCAGGGUGUCGCCGGGACAACUCGUUCCUAACUGCGGUGAUCUAUCAGCUCGGACAAGGCGCCCGCAGUCGCAGUGUGAGCAGGAACAACAGCAGGUCCUAGCCGUGGCUUUACCGGGGGCGUACGUGCCUCAGUGCCGGGACGACGGCUCCUUCUCCCCCGUGCAGUGCCACGGCAGCUCCGGCCACUGCUGGUGCGCCGACCAGUUCGGGAACGAGGUGGCGGGAACGAGAGUCCGCCCGGGAGAGAGCCCCAGAUGUUCAGCCGAGGCCCCAGUCACGGACGCCCCGCCCCAGACCAAGUGCCAGGAGGAGCGUGAGGACGCGAACAGCCGGGGUCUCCUGGCGGGGGUGUACGUGCCGCAGUGCACGGGGGACGGGCUGUACAGUCCCGUCCAGUGUCACGGCAGCACCGGGCAGUGCUGGUGCGUCAACGACGCUGGGGAGGAGAUCAUGGGAACGAGAGUUGAUGCAGGGGAGUCCCCUAACUGCGCAGGAACCCCUGAAACCACCAAGUGUCAGUUGGAGCGAGAAGAAAUGUUGAGUGAGGGACCGCUCCUGGGCGCCUACAUUCCGACAUGCGCAGAGGACGGCAGUUAUGACGUCAUCCAGUGUCACGACAGCACCGGGCACUGCUGGUGUGUGGACCGAGAGGGCGAGGAGAUCCUGGGCACAAGAGUGGGUCCUCAGGAAGAUGUCGUCUGCGAAACCACACCGAAGCCAGGCACCAAAGAGGGCAAAAUGCCACUUGGAAGUGAAACAGAAGACGUGACGGAAGCGCCCAAACCGACCGUGACGGUCAAACCGGUGACUGGGAAAGCGGAGACACAGAAGAACGAGACAGAGAGGUUCCUGCCUCCCGAAAAAGGACUGAGCGCCUUCCAGAACCUGACAUGCCGUGACGCCAGGAGGCGGGCCCUCAGGCUCUUCUGGUACAACUUCACUUCUGCUGACGAAGUGAGCUACAUCCCCACGUGUACGGCGGACGGGAAGUUCUUCCCCAUGCAGUGUUACGGUGCCUCCGGGUACUGCUUCUGUGUGGACGAGUCGGGUAAAGAGAUCCCGGGCACCGUGAGCGAGCCGGGCGCCAGGCCGGUCUGUUCAGGUGUAGAUGACGCUAAAGUAGACGUGUGGGAGACUGGGAGUGGAGAGGACGGAGGCGAAGGGCCCACAGAAGAGAUAGAGCUAUUCACAGCGGCACCGACUCCGGACAAGGCCGUGCUCCCCACAGAACCGCCGGUCAUCGACACCACCACAGCUUCUACCCUCACCGCAACUCCCACCGCCCCUACCACCUCCUCCAAACCGGGUCUGGGCACCACUGCCACGCCGGUUCUCGACACAACGGCGCAGCCGGGGCCUGACGUUUCCACCAGGAUGCCUACCCUGUGUGAGCGUGCGCGUGCGGAAGCCCUGACCGCCCUGAAGGCCUCGCCAGACCACGCGAACGGCUCCCGGUCGUCCUUCGUGCCCACCUGCACGGAGGAGGGCCGGUACACGCCCCGCCAGUGCUACCUGGACGGCGUCAACUGUUUCUGCGUCAACAAGUACGGCAACGCCCUGAGCGCGGUCACACGGCUGACGGAGGGGGAGGAGCUAGACUGUGAAGAGCAUGAUUAUCAAACAGCGGCGCCACCGAUUGCGGAACCACGCACCGAGCCGCCUUCUAGACCAGCCGGCUGUUGUCCCAGCGGAAGCUCGCUCGUGCUGAGCCCCCCGGUGGUGGUGAAGGACGUGGGGCGGGGCGGGUGGUACAGUUCCUGGGCACGGGACCCUCUCGAUCCCAGCCCCAUCUACAUCUUCGACGGACCCCGCUCCAUUCAGAAGUACGACAACGACCACGCCAUCAUGAACGACCAGGUGUCCCGUACAUGGGAGCUCCCUAGCGACAUUGCCGGGAACGGCCAGCUUGUGUACGGCGGCUCGGCGUACUACAACCGGGCGGGAACUCAGGAUCUCAUCAAGUUUGAUCUGGAGAACGAGCGGGUCGCGGCCAGACAACAGCUGCCAUUUGCAGGUAUCCAAAACGCGUACUCGUACUCCUGGGGAGGCAGCACGGAUAUCGACUUCGCCGUGGACGAGUUCGGACUGUACGUGAUCUACGGUACCCGGCAGAACAGAGGCAACAUGGUGGUCAGUCAGAUCAACCCGCAGGACCUAUCAAUCAUCAACACAUGGAACGCUGGCUACUUCAAGCGUGCCGCGGGUAACGCCUUCAUGAGGUGCGGCGUACUGUACGCCACGGACGCGCACGACUUCACGGCAAAGAUCAGCUACAGUUUCGACACGCGCACGGAGCAGGAGCACGAGGUGCUGGUGCAGCUGCGCGACCCGUACCGCUACAACACCAUGCUGGACUACAACCCUGCAGACAAGAAGCUGUACCUGUGGGACGAGACCUACCUCAUCACGUACGACGUCAUGUGUGAAAAGGACGACCCAGCUCCUGGCGUAACGGCAGCAGCAACCGCCACGCCACUUCCCCCCACCACCACUCCUCCGGCACCCACCCCACCCCCAACCCCCCGCCCGACCACGACCCCCUCGGCCCGGGAGACCAUCUGCCGGCUGAAGAAGCGUCGGGGCCCGUGCCGAGCUAAGAUCAGCCGGUACUACUACCUGCCCAGCCGGGACACGUGCGUCAAGUUCCGAUUCGGAGGCUGCGGAGGGAACGCCAACAACUUCCACAGCUGGGCGGAGUGUAUGGAAACCUGCACAGAGCGUGGCGACGUGCCCAAGUCUCCCGUGCCCCAGCCCGGCCCGGCCGUGGAGACUCCCCGUAAGACCCCCCGACCGGAGGUGCCCAGCUACAUGGGUGACGCCUGCAUCCUUCCCGCUGAGCCGGGGCCGUGUCAGGAGUCGCACAGCCGCUGGCACUUCGACCCCGUCAGCCGGGUGUGUCAGGAGUUCCAGUACGGCGGCUGCGGAGGAAACACCAACCGGUUUGGGUCCUGGCGGGAGUGCACCAUUGAGUGCCUAGGUCAACAGGCAGUUCAGUGUGGUGGUUGCAAGCACGAACGGCACGGGCUCCACAGGGGUUAUUGCAACAACCAGUUCGUGAUGACCGGCAGGGUGUCCAAGUUGGAACUGACGCCAUCUUGGCGCGUAGUUACCAUGGUGACAGACAGUGAGAUGAUCAGUAAGCGGGGCGGACUGAGGUCUAUCCAGUACCAGGGCCGGGACCUGGCGGUACAGGUACUCCUGCCCAGGAACUACAACAACAAACACGGGUGUCCGUGCUACGAUGUGGCCAGAGGAGCGGAGUACGUGAUGAUGGGCCGUGUGGACGGGAACGGGUACGGCAUGGUGGAUGAGAAGGGGUACAUGGCGGAGCUGAACAACAAGUACGCCCGGCGGCUGCAGCAGCUCAAGGCGAACCCCUUCAGCUGCUCGUACUCCUACCACGACACGUCACGACAGGGUUCCAACCCGUACGCGCGGUACCCAGGAUCUAACCCUAACCCUAACCCUCAGAACCCCCGAUCAUACCCUCAAAAUCCUCAACCCAACCCAUAUCCUUCAAAUCCACGUCCUUACCCCCAGAACCCCCAACCUAGGCCUCAGAAUCCCCAGCCCUACCCACAGAAUCCCCACCCCCAAAAUCCACGGCCCUACCCUCAGAAUCCCCAGCCCUACCCAAAAUCCCCAGCCCUACCCACAGAAUCCCCACCCCCAAAAUCCACAACCCUACCCACAGGAUCCCCGGUCAAACCCUCAUUAUCCACAACCAAGUCCCCAGUACCCUGGUUAUAACCCUUACAGUCCUGGGUCUAACCCACAAUACCCAGGCUCUUAUCCCCAGGACCCCAGGUCCCACUCUCAGUACCCCGGGUAUAACCGGGGCCUCAGACACCAGUC